AUGGCGUCACCUUCGGCGUCUUCGGCUUUGGUUGACUUCGACCAGCUCGCCACCGAGGCGGGGGCGGGCGACUUCCUUCGUCGCUACCUGACGGCCCGCGGCUCGGAUCGCACAGCCACCUUGGCACUGAUGGCGCCCACGGCGGAGCGCUUCGCCGAGAUCAUCAUCGAUCCGCUCGGGCCCGGCUUCGUCACGGCCGGGGAGGACGAGUUCAAGCUGACCCCGGCCGAACUGCCCACCGCCAGGGCGGUCCUCACCCACAUGUGGGAAGAGGCCAGGGCACAGUGGAACGCCUGGGCCGCGGCUCGCCGCCGCCCCGGGCCCGGUAGCUCCGGCUCCUGCGACGGGCGGCACGCUGCCGUUCCCGCCGACGGCCUACAACGACCGCCUGGUGGACGGGCGACCGAGGACCUUUCCUACCCGCCGCCUGGCUGGGGCGGAGGAGGUGCUCGCCAGGAUUCACUGGGACAUGGACCGCCGCCAACGAGCUCAACCCCCUCGCCGCCGGGCGUCGCGACUCGGCCGCUUCCGCUGCUCUCCACCUCCUUGGUGGCGGAAGAGAAGCGGCCGUGGCAGCCCAAGUCCGUCAUCGCCAUUUGCGACGGGCUAGAGGCCGUCAAGUGGGCCUGGAUACUCGUCCAACUGGGCGCUGAAGAAGACAUCGAGUCCUAUAUCGCCUGGUGGGAUUGUCGGGCGAGGGGCAGAAAUGCUAACCUUCUCGCCCUGGUGUCCUAUUGGGACUCCAUGGCGAUGCGCCUCGCCAUGGACCUCCGCCAGCGGAGGACCUUCAAAGACGCUGUGACCGCCGCGCCGUCCCGCCCAGAGGGGCGGACCAAGGGCAGGCCGCAGCCUACCCAGACGAGCCCCGAUGCCGACGACUCCUGGGUGGAGCCCCCCCCCAAGCGCAUCCGCCCGGGCCGCAAGGGCAAGAAGGGGGCCAAGGGCGGCAGCCAAGGGCGGCCGCCAGCAGGAGCCCAAGGGCGGCAAAUGGACCAAGCAGGGCCAAUGCUCCGCCGCCGACGCCUGGCAGGAGACGCCCUCCGGCCACUCGGGGUCGGACGGCUGGGCAUCCCAUUCGUGGUCCGCCUCGUCCUGGGAGCAGCCCGACUCUGCGAAGGGCCAGCAGCAGCAGGCGUGGCGUUGGGCCGCCCCCCAGGGCGGAAAGAAAUGGCGCUAGGCGGGUCCGCCGGCAUUGGGGCAGCGCCCUGGUUGGUGUCGUCCUCCUUCGGGCGACCACUGCUGGCCGUUUCUUGGGAGAUCGACCAGGCGUGUUGCUCGGUCGCCUCCGCCGCCAUGCCCUGGCUUCUGCAUCGGGGCAACCUCCUGGACGACUCCCCGGAGGAAGUGGCGAAGCUGAUCAGAGAGGCCGACCCCAACGGCGAGGCCAUGAUCCUUGGGUGGCCGCCCCUCCUUGAUGCCAUCGUCUUCAUGGACGAGCUUCGCGCCCUCCUCGCCGGGCGCCGCUUCUCCUUCCUGUUCGAGAGCGUCGUCAUGUCAGUGCCGGACGCGGCGGUUAUUUCCGACGCCCUCGGUGUGGAGCCGGUCUUCGUCUGUUCGUCCGACUUCGGAUGGGUGUCCCGGCCCCGCCAAUGGUGGCUCAGUGUCGACUGGGCGCUCGUCCGGACCAGCCAGGGCCGCUGGUCUCGGUUACGCCUGGCGGGAACCCGGGCAGCCGACUCCUUCGACCUGGGCGGCCUCGUUCCCUGUGCCACCACGCCAGCCCCGACGGAAGACGGCAGUUCGCCCCUUGGCACUGCCAUCGCCAAGCUAUGCUCCAGGACGCCCAGGGCGUCCUUCACCUCCCGGCUGCUGCCAAAAAGCCCAGACGACGAUGGCAAGGAGGCGACCGGCGACGCCCCAGUGCCAGCCGUUGCCCAACAUGCGAUGUCUGGCCUUGGCGUCCGCCCCCCCCUUGGCGGUGUAGCCCUUGGGGACGUCGUGGAGCUGCUCCUUGAUCUCCGGCGUCGGCCCGUGGGGAGCCAGACUAUAGAGUGGCUUCUGGGCCACUGGCACGCCCACGGCUGGGACUUCGCUCCGCCUCCUCGGCCCGAUCCCCCCUUUCUGGGCGAUGGCUUGUCUGAGGAGGAGCACUGGGCGGCUGCGCCUCACUUUAGCCACUCGCUGACUUCGCCGCCGGUCCUCGAACCGGCCCUGGAAGGUGUGCUCCAAUUCCGCGCCCACUGGCGCCACGACAUGGUGCGCAUUCGCCAUUUGGUGAUCCAGGAGUUGGAGGUGAUGGUGCACGACGCCCAGGAAGCCACUGCAUCCUGGCUCGCGGCUCGACCCCACCACGUCCGGGCGACAUAUUGCACCGAGGGCGGCUUCGACAUGCUGGGUGAGGUCCGUCGAGCGCCGGGCUGGAAGAGCAGGGAGGACCGGCGGUACUCCAACCCCGCUCCCAUAGAUCGUCUUCGCCGGGAGAACCCUUCCUAUGUUUCUGCGAACACUCGUCGGCCCCAGGACUCGGAGCACACCCUGGCCCUCAGGGAUGAGCUCGUCAAGGAGGCUCGGCUGGGGCGCGUCAUGGGCCCGUGUCGGGCGCCUGAUGGAUGGGGCGUCACCAUGGCGUCCUUGCCGGAGGCUGGCCGCUUCGUGCAGCACCUCAUCCGCGUCCGGUCCCACAGAGCUCCGCCAGCUCUUCGCCGCGCGGCCGCUGCGGGCUGGUCGCGCCGUUGGUGGGGCUUGCUGGCUGUCGCCGUGCAGCGCGCGGUAGCCAGCACGGCGCUGGGGCAGGCUUGGCCAGUGCCGCUCCACCCGCGUCAGGGGGAUGAGCCCCCCCUCGAGCGAGUGCUCGAGCUCGCCGGACCAGCGGCGGGCCCUAGUCGCUUGCCCCUGCGCUCGUAG